AACGGGUGGGUCGACCCGAAUUAAGGAUGUAUAAAGGCGUGAGUUGAAGUUCUAGGGUUUUAGGUUGUUGGAUCCACUGAACCACACAUAGAACCCAUUUGUGACAGCAUACAUAGCACCCACAAAUCAAUGACUGCUGAGACCCAGGAAGAGCUUCUCGCGCAACACCUCGAACAACAAAAGAUCCAUCAUGACGAGCCUGUAGUUGAAGAUGAUGAUGAGGAGGAGGAGGAGGACGAUGAUGAUGAUGAGGAUGAUGACAGAGAUGAUAAUGCUGAUGGUCAAGAAGGUGAUGCAUCUGGUAGGUCCAAGCAGACCAGAAGUGAAAAGAAGAGCCGCAAGGCAAUGCUUAAACUUGGAAUGAAACCUGUCACAGGUGUCAGUCGUGUGACAGUCAAGAAGAGCAAGAAUAUCCUGUUCGUUAUCUCUAAACCAGAUGUUUUUAAGAGCCCAACUUCUGACACCUACAUUAUAUUUGGGGAAGCUAAGAUCGAAGACUUAAGCUCACAGCUACAAACUCAAGCAGCGGAGCAGUUCAAGGCUCCUAAUUUGAGUAAUGUGGGAAUGAAGCCAGAAUCUUCUGCUAUUGCUCAAGAUGAUGAGGAUGUGGACGAGACAGGUGUAGAUCCCAAGGAUAUAGAGUUGGUGAUGACUCAAGCUGGUGUGGCAAGAUCAAGAGCUGUUAAAGCUCUCAAAGCAGCCAAUGGUGACAUUGUUGCUGCCAUUAUGGAGCUAACUAAUUAAUAGUCUUGUCUGGUAGAAUUUGGAAUGUGUAACUAUUUUUCUUUGUUGAUGGAAAUUUUUGUUCCCUUGGGAUUUGCGUUGUUUUUCUCUUAUCUGUGUAAUUGUCUGUAUGGAAGGAAAAGACUAUAGACUGAUUCUCAACAAGUGCAUGUCUAGUGCCAAGAAUGGCAGUCAUAAUUAGCAAUUAUUUAAUAUCCAUAUUGGUUAGUCUAGUGUAAUUAGUUCAGAAAGGGACACCGAUUCUACCUGGCAUGCUACUAUAAUUGCUCCUGCUUCAACUUUUAUGGCUACAUAGCAUCUAGCUUGAUU